AGAGGCGCUCUGACUGCAUUCACUACAGAGUCCUCCACAGCCAAGGACCUGUGCGCACUGCUGCUACAAGACAGACUGUGGAUAGCUCAACACGGACAACUUUCUGCUUUGUGAUUUACUGAGAAGAUCGGCUCAAUUGGAUUAUAAUCUCUAAGGACUAUUCAAUACAACCGCAGAAAUACUCAGUCCUUAUUGUGCGUAAUUCUUCUAGCCGUGCGUAAUUUUUGUUCGACAUUUUUGUAAACCGGGUUGAAGUUUGAAGCCAUUUGUAACAGGGUGAAGGACAAGUGCAAUGCGCGUCAGGCUCGUCCUGAUCCACUUGCGCCUGAGGAGCUUCGUGUCAGGCUGCCUUUCAGGGCUUGUCCAAUGCGAAUAACAAGAGGCAACUUCCAGCCUGUUCAGAGUUCCAGUUAAACAAGCAAGUGUACCCGGAGUCUGACCGUGACGCUCCGACACCCCGGAUUCUCUCCCCGGGCUGGGGAUGGUUGUGGAUUCUGUGGGGCCAGGAGCGAUUCUGCGGCUCCUACAGAACAGCACCUUCUUCUUGUUUGGGGUUAGAAUUAAAAGGAGAUGAGAACCGUACUUUGUUACUUCCUGCUGUGGACCACGUACCUGCUACUGGCCACCUCUGAGGUAAAGUUCCCAAGACACUCAGCUCAGAUUGUGUGCCUCUGCUCCCAUGUCUUACAUAUAGGGGGUUUAUUCCUGUGAGGGUGCACGGCUCCCACAGAGCGCGCAUUUCUCACACAAUCAGAGAACACUUUGCUCCACGAUAAAGUGCCCAGACUGAGAAAAGUGCAGAGUAACAGCUCAAAGUUUUGAUUUAGAGCCUGUAAUUAGACCGAGAGAUAAGAGCCCACAUAGAAUUUGACGAUUUUGAAUAAAGAAAUUAAGAUCAAAUAUGUAUUUAUGGAACAGGGAGGGGUGAAAGACAUGUUCACAAAAGUUGGAUAAGUAUUAAUUUUCUUGAAUGUGAACCAAAUGCAAAUGAUUCCAGCGCCCAUGAGGGCCAGUGACAACACGCUUUUGAGAACCAACAUAACGCUGCACUUGGACGCACAUCGCAGUUAUUUUUGGCGUUUGUGCCAAAUCUGUUUGUAGCCUGAGCCAACUGGGCAAACGUUUUGGUUGGGCUAAGCGCUUUCAUGGGAACCGCUCCGGGCGAUAUAAAUAGCCACUGUUCCUGUAAGACUGAACGGUUCGCUCAGUUUGAGGUGCAUGCAAGACCGCAACAAGUGCAAAGUGUGGCGAUCUGCUUUUCACACGGGCAGACGUCGCCUCCGGGGCUCCAAAUUCCAUUAGAAAAGAGACGAUUUAAUGCUGAUCCGCUCGUCUGCUCCUAAAUAAGACAAGUUAUUCAAUACUACAAGACAUUUUAGGGCCCACGGGGUCUAUUAUAUAAUUCGGCUUCCAGUUAAUGCUCAAAGUCGUACUUAUAUUAACAGAAUGUGUUUAAUUAUCAUGCAGGCUGGAUCCUUUUGAAUAAGUCAUAUGACAGGGAAAUGCUGCUUAUUCUGUCGAUAGCUGGGCGCCGAAUUUACCAGUUAUUCAUAAAUAAGAGUUAUGAAAUUUAUCCUUCAUGCUUGUAACUUUUGCUUCCUUGCAAAUUAAAGCGUUCUUAAAUUGUACAAAUUCUCAAGGGGAUUCGGCGAAACUUGUUUUAUGCGAUUGGGCAGCCGCAGUUGGCACGUAGUUGCAGAGUUGUUCUUCCUGUUGGAUGCUUUACACAGACAAACAAUUACCUCAUGUUCUGCAAAGCUAACCUUUAUGUCUCUUGUUUGAUUUCUUUGCCCACCCCCUCCUCCCCUCCUUCCUCACACAAACACACACACUCACUCUCACACACACACCCUCCCUGAAGGAAGUGGAGUUUCCCCAGGAGCUGAUAGACAGACUGUCGCACAGUGAAAUCCACAGCAUCAGCGACCUCCAGCGGCUACUGGACAUUGACUCCGUAGGUAAAUUCUGCCUCUUGAUACUUCUACUCAAAGAUCCGAGUCACAUUUGGACCCUGUUGUAUCAGCUUGUGCUCACACGUGUGGCUGCUUGUGUUGAUGUCACAUUUCGUAGUGAAGCUGGAUGCUAUAAACUGCUGCAGCAGGAUUACAUCAGACAUUAUUAGCAGCCACAGCAUUCUCAGUUGUGGAAUCUCUUUUCAAAAAUGGCUUUUUUUUAUAGUCACCUGCACAUUUCCUGGUAUGAGGACUUUCCAUACAUAUCUAUAGAUAUAUCUGGCUCAGUGAGGUGGCAUGUGAUGGCUUAAGGAUGAAGCCAAAUAACUAUUACAUAAAUUCAUUCAAAGGUCAAAGCUAAAAUAAUCAGGACAGGGAAGCUUGCCACCCAUGUGGCUCUUUGUAACUGCAGUAUUUUCAGUGCCUUUGCUAAACUGAGAGAAUAAUUUGUGCAACAAAUUGAUCACAGAGACUCACAAUUGAGUGACUUUAGAAACAAAUAAGACGUAAAACUCAGAUGAUCCUGCAGCUUUGGUAGAUUUAAUGAACAAACAGAUGAACAAACGAACUGUUGUAGAGUUAAGAUUUAGUAGACAAACUGUGAAGUUUUGUCACUUCUACUCAAAGUAGUGAUGGGUAAAGCAGUCCUUUUAGAUGUACUGAAUCACUAGAAUCAGUUCACUAAAAAGAUUCAUUCAAAAGAUUCGUUCACCGAAUCACCAAAUCAUUUGGCACUUGGUGGGAAAAGCCUGCGACUCCAACCUCCUGAACUGAUACACAGCUGAACGGUUCAGGAUUCAGUUAAAUUCAUAGCUUCUGGGACCCGGAGAUGAGAGUGUUUGUCUGUGUCGCUUAAACAGGUUUGUAAAAAUGAACUUGUUUAUAAGCCAUUAUGUUUUAAGUGUACUGUCCUAUGGUAUGCUAUUUAACAGGUCUGGGUUCAGUGAGUGAUUCGUUUACUGGACGUUUAGAAGAAUUCACACUGAACAUGCACCGUUCCCUCGCAAACCGCUGCAAUGAGAGGAUGCUGUGUCGUAUUGUAUGCAAGUUGUUGUGGUGGCAAUUUAGCACUGAAAAAAAAACGUAGUUUUGUUCGACAGAAAUGAUUCCAGAGAGUGUAGUUCAAUGUGUGAUUCGUUCACCAAGUGAUUCAGUCAUUGGUGCAUGUGGUCCCUUGUGCUGAAGCGAAUUAAUCACUCGAGGAAGUGAUUCAGUCCGGUACUUUCACUUAAAAGAUUCGGUUCUUUUGAACGAAUCGUUCACGAGCGACACAGCACUAACUCAAAGCACUUUGUAGAAAAUAACUGAGCUUUCAAGUGCAGCCCUAGCACCACGAUAGGUGCGUCUACUGCACACAUGUGACUAAGAUGGACUUUCACUGGCAGGUAUUUAAUUGUGCAUUUUCUAUCAGCUGCUGCAGUAAACCGGCUUUAUAGCAAGCCGACUGCCACAUAUGCUGAGCUGUAAACAGAGACAGCAGCCUGCGGGUCAGGAGGGUUUCUUCAGACUCAAGUUCUUGGAGGUGCUGCUUCUCUGGCACAGGGGUACCGGGCUGUGUCAGAGUGUGUUAGAUAAAGUUACAGGGGUGCACUGGAAGAAGCUGUUUGCCUUCAUACGAGCCUGUAUUUACACAGGCUCUGGCCAUAUAUCAAGCUCAGGGCUCUCCCAAAAGGUUUGCUGAUGGAAAUAGGUAAUUGCUUAAUUCCCUCUAACUGUCCCAAAUGAUGUAAGCUACCUCUCUGGUCAUACCUCAUUAGCAGCUUCAUAUUUAAAGUCAGCAAACCUACAUCAGGGUGGCUCUUUAACAUUGAAGUUUUCUUCCUUGUAACCACAUGAUUGCUUUCCUGACAAACGAAUCAAUCAAGGUUAAUAGCCCCGCAUCACGUUUGUGUUACAUUUUGAAAUUCACAAACCAACCUGAGCUCCACGACAAGGACCGGCCCACUUUAAGCCCAGAAUAGAUCCCUGGAGUGCCUGUAGCAUGAGAAGAGGUGUUUAUAAUUGAAUUAACAUGUCUUUCUUCAAACAGAGGAAUGUUUUGCAGGGUAACAGUAGUAGGCUGAUUAUUAUUACGAGGACAUAAAUCUGUCUGAGGGCCAGCGCGGCGGCCCAGGCCAGCCCGUUAAAAGACUUUUGACGCCAGCCAUGAGGGUAUUUUCAGAGCUUUUGUUGCGUUACCCCGGACAGUAAAGCUACCGGUGUAGGCUGCACUGUACAUGGCGCAGUGUGUCAACCAGAAAAGGCGAGGAGAAAGGUGAACAAGAAGAGUUAGCGUAAACUCCUGAGUGAUCAUGCUUAAAAAUGAUAAUCGCGGUUGUUUUGCAGGCGCCAAAAUGUACUUGGCGCAAUCUUAAAAGAUGAAAAGCUCCCUCAACUGCCGUGCAGCUUUGCUCCCAGUGCUCCCUCUGUCCCUCUGCUUUACUAACACGCACCUGAUCCACCUGCCCUCCCUGCUUUUGCCGCAGAUGUUUUAGUUUUGGACCAUUAAGAUACAUGACGUCAUCAACAAGAUGAUGAAACUGAGAGUGAGAACGCAGGUUGUCUUUGAAUAUGAAUGGCUGAUAAAUAUUGUCAGCAGAGCAAGCAUUUCUAUUGAUACGCAUUUUAAAAAGCGGUAGCUGUCACGAAUGGACAAAACUGUGAUUUAAAUCAAAUAAAUUAAACAUAAUUUCUUCUGGGAGUUUACACCGAGAAAUUCUGAAAAUAGGAGGUUGUUUUUAGACAGAAAUCCUCGCGCUGUUGUUUUUUCCUGCUCGGCACUGGCAGGAGUUUGAUAUUAUCACACAGCUUUAUGUGGAUCAUCCUGCAAGGGUUAUGGCAGCUAUGUGUUCAUUUAGAGCUUCUGUAUGUGUGUGUGUGUGUGUGUACAAGUCCUGUGAGGACGGUGUCUCCAGCUCUGACUGACAGAUGAGAUGACCCCGCUGAAGUCUGCAGAUGGCUGUCUGGCCCCUUAGGGUGCGCCUCGCCUCUCCUCUCCUCUCCUCUCUUCUACUCGCUUUUCCUCUUCUCUUUCCCCGUCUCCCUCCUCAGACGGCCCCCCAGCCCGCCUGCUCUUAUCUCUCUGGGUGAAGGACUUUGACAGAAAAGGGAACCUGACUCUCAGGGGAGGGAGCAGGAGGAUUCUGGAGGUCGUUUUUUUUUCUUCUUUUUUCUCCUCUUUGCACUUUGAUUUGUGGUGCAAUCUGCCUCGUUUCUGCCAAGCUGGCAGUGUGUUUGUGCAUGGUACAGUGUAGUGCCACCUCCUAUAAAACUGGAGUGUCAAAACAAAGUUAUUGCGUCUCCUACCUGUGAUUCCACACCCACAGGGAAGACCUUUUGCCCAUUUGACCCGAGCCAGCACUCUGUAAAGUCAGUCAUGUCCCUGUUGGCAGUAAAGAAAUAAGGAGAGACAGAGAGGACUGUGGAGGCACUUAUCACAACAAGUCAACAACAUGUUGGCUAUUUGCACAAGUGAAGGGGGGAAAGAAAGAGGGGAGGAGGAGUAAAGGGAGGGAGCCAGGGCCUUCAGCUAAUGGAGGGAGUAAUUUGCGAGUCAUGAAAGCCUGAUUCAUAGCAAAGAGACUGUCUCCUGUCCUCUUUUCUCUUGUCUCAGUUUGACGACGCUCCGGGUGUGUUAUUACUUCUUAGUCACCUGGAACCAACGGACAAGCAAACCCCUCACCCUAGUUUUCCACAGUCUCCACCUUUCUCUUUAACACCCUUUUUCUUCCCCUGCCUCUCUCUAUUUCUCCCUUCUUACAGAGGAAAAAACCAACAGAAAGGUCCUUUUAUUGUGCUGAAAAGAGGACUCUGCAGUCUAUAAAGGACUUCUUUAUGCCCUCGCUCCCUUUCUCCUGUCAGCUCUGACACAAACUGUCUCCGGGUGGCCGGCUGGUGUGACUCCCACCCCUCGCUCCUGUCCUCCUCUGACAGGGGGAGAUGAGGAAAGAAGGGGGGCGGGGGAUAGGUACAGUGGAGCUAGUGGAGUCAGUGACCUGCUGUGUUAAAAGGUUGUUAGGUAGGAAAAUCACGCCACUGUCACAAUCGGGCCACCUGACAGAGCAGGCAGUGUUGGUGUGUGUUUUCAUAUACAGUCCCAGAUCCCCAAAAAAUCGGGACGCUGCGUAAAAUGUUGAUGAAAACAGAAUUUGGUGUUUUGCAAAUCAUGUAAUAUUGAAAACGGUGCAAAGACAACAUGCAAAAUGUUGAGACUGAAAAAGGAAAAGAAAUGCUCGUUCUAAAUUUGAUGCCAGCAACAUGUUUCAAAACAGCCCAGAGGUGACAAAACUGAGAGAGUUUAAUGGUAUUAAAAACAGACAGGACUCUGCCAUUGAAGUCAACACAUGGCCUCGAAUUACACCUGAAGAUCCUCUAUUUGUCUCUGCAUGUUAUGUCCUGAAGUUGUCAAAAAAGGGAACGGACCUAAACUGCAGAUCCAAAAAGAAGGAUUUAUUUUAAAGGAACUAACAUAAGAAGCAACAAAAACUCACUUUCAAACUAGUCCAACCAAAAGAAAUCCCGAAGUUAAAAACAAAAGGAGCGAAAUCAAAGGAACAAAACUCACAAGGGGGACAAAACCGAAACGAGCAACGAGAGGCAGGUGAGAUACUAAGACACAGGUGCAGAUAAUCACAGAAUCACAAUCGCAAACUACAACAAAAUAAAACAGGAACCACUGAAAACUGAUAAAAGCAAUAAAACACUGAGAACAUGAGGGAACCGGGGUCAGAAACAAACUGGAAACUCACAAGACAGGACUACAGGGGGAACAGGAACACAAAAUACACUCCAGAGAGACACAAACCCAGGGAAAAACUAACUCAUACAGAACGUAUCAUGACACUGCAUCCACAAAUGUGGGUUCAAACUGUAACACGCAAAGACAAGACCAUGUUUAAACAUGAUCCAGACAUCCAGGGGACUUCUUAGACCCAGUGCUGACUGAGCUGAGGAGCAGAACUGUCCUGCGGUCCAACCAAUCAUAGACACUGCAUCCUCAAAAGGACAGGGACCCCCUUGUCUUGUUCUACAUUUUGUGCUCAGAAGUAGAAGAGUCCAGGUGCUAACUUGUCCUAACAUUUUUCAGGUGUUGAAUUUAGAACAAACGUACAUUUUAUUUUUUAUUUUUUUUGCAGCCCUAUGAUAUUGAGGUUGUAUAUGCCAUGCACCGUGUAGUGUGUUUGACAUAUGCACUGUAUGUUUCUCCGUGUGUGUGUGUGUGCGUAGGCGGGUAUACUUGCUUCAUAGAGUGAUAGCUCAGCUCUUUGCUUAACUCCAGGCCUCAACACUUCCCCUUCUCGGACCUUUGGUUCUGGGUCAGCGGCUGUCUUAACUGACUGCACCGCAGGCUAGAAGGAAAUUCCAUCCACUCUCACUUAGAGGGGCACACAUGAAAAAAAAAAAGAAGGCACCCAAAAGCAAAUAAACAACAAAUCCCAGAGGUGCACCAUGUAUAGGUGGAGGAAAUCCCUUCAGAAGAUUUUGGUCGGAGCACAAAGGAGCUACAGGAGUGGAAUGUGUUUGCCCGUGGCUAAGCUUUGUGGAGCUGGUGUACAUUAGGUUUUAGCAUGUUAUGGAGGAUAAUAAGAGGGGUUUGUGUAGUUUUGAGUUGUAUGUUUGUGUUGAAUGUACAGGUGUAGGGCUGUAUGAACUAGGUGGGUGGGUAUGCGGUACGCUCAGACAGGUAGACCCACCCACUUUGCAAACAGUCUCUGACUUUGAGAAAAGCAGUAUCAUCUGCGUACAAGAUUUAUCGCUUUAUUGCUGCUCUGGCACUCUUCUGUAAUCCACCUCAUAUUCUGGGUGGAGACCAAAACAAGCAAGCUUUAUCAGAUGACCAUGACUGUGAAUAAGCUGAGCUGGCUGUAUUAGACUGGAGUUUUACCACUGCAGCACAACGUAAUGUGUACUUUUCCGAGCAACUGAAUGAUUGAAGGAGCAAAUAUUUCUUCUAAAUGAGAGACGCGAAACCACUAAUUAGGAGCGGGGAUAAUAGUGGCUGAGCACCACCUGUCAAAUGACCACUUUAAGUGUCUUGAGUGGUUGUUUGUGAAGGAGUUUGCUGACUCACCUGUGUCUAGAUACGCUAUUCCUGCUGGGAAAGUUCAGCCAAAUGAGUGAGUGUGGCUGACACACAAAGCAGGCAAUUACACAGAGGUCCUGCGUGUACCCGGUGUACCCAGGACCAUUUACCUCAAAUUGGGCCGUCAUCAGCUGUAACCCUGCCUGCGUUUGAGCACGUAUAAGGGAACUCUUUAGUCCUCCAGGGAAUCAAACAUGAGUUGUGUACAGCGCAGGAAGGCAAUAGGAAGUUACCGUCUCAUUAUGGUCGUGUGAGUAACCGACACAAUGUGUGUUGUGGAGAGGAUGUAUAAAACAGAAGUGGAGCAUGUGCAGACCAGCCAACCACCCACUGUAGUCAUGUAGCCUGUUGUGUUAAAGGAGACAUAUCACGCUCAUUUUUGCUAUUUGUGUGUCUAGUGCAUGCUAGUGUUUCUGAGGGCCCAUGCUUGCUCCAAAUCACCGCUCCAGUCAGGGUGGAAUUAUUGUUCGCAUGUAACGAGUUAUAUUUUGGCGGCAUGGCUCUACUCUUGGUGUUUCAGGAGGAAACUCUCACACCUUUCAUUCCCGUAAAGUGCAUGAGAAGAUAAUGCAGGGCAGAGCAUUAGCAAAAACUUUGCGGCGACUUAAAAAGAAAGCCCAUUUUGACACGAGACAAUUGAGGCAGGGGUUAAGAUUUCAUUGCCUGCCUGAACUGAUGCUGCGUUCCAGUUGCCUCGGAAGUUGGAUGUCGGAGCUGAGAAUGACGUUACACCCAAGUUGAUGGUGUUCCAGUUAACGAGUCGGAAAACCAAGAUGGACUCCUACAGUUAGCCAGCUGUUGUUAGCGGUUGUCAGCUGUUGUUAUGAGGUUGUCGUCAAGUCAGGGUUGGCGAGGAUCGUCUGACUUUCCAAGUUGGAAAUCUGACUUCAGGGGGGUGUUCCAGAUGAAUUUCCGACUCUGAGCUCGGAAAUCCCGACUUCCGAGUACAACUGGAAUGCAGCAUAACACUAUGCCCAGUCUUAGCUAUUACAUGAAAUUGCAAUAGUUUUAAAAGUUUUUAUCAACAGCGCAGCUCCAGGUUUCAGUAACAGUUGACAUGCAUGCCUUUGUUUACAAAGAAGGCAUCAGUGGCUGUUUUCUUUCGCCUUCGUCUUUGGGAUGAGAAAAUAGCUGUCAAAGAACGCUUGCCAAUAACUUAACAACUUUAGGCACUGACUCAGAGAAAAAAAAAUCUGGAAGAGCUGCUAGGUGGGUGUUUCCUAUAGCACUGCUCUGAUUGGACGACAGAUCCUGACAUCAGGCUAAGGCCAAGUCUCCUGAAGUUAUGAGAACAAGCCAUUCAAGUUUUGUAUGUAAAUAUCAUGUCGGCAUAAUAAGUCUCACUUAACUAUAACUGUCUUUGUGUGACAUUAUUAAUAAGUCUGCCUCUUGUUUUGACGAGGUACGGGAAACGAUGUCAUCGAGGAGCCCAAACACCACAAGCACCACAACCACCAUAAGAACUACUCCCGUCACCAUGGUUACUACAACGACCUGAAGAGCUCUCAGCUCCACAGCCGUCGCAAGAGGAGCAUCGGUAAGCCUGAAUGACUAAAAUACUAUAUGUUUCACUUUGCAGCCUUAAGGUUGCAUCAUGACUACACUACCUACAUCACGACUUGGCAUGGCUCGUAUUUUUAGAGGCAUAUUGCCCUUAAAAUAACCUCCACUUAAAUAUCAGCCCUGAAAUAUGAGUUCCCAGGAGAUGAAACGGAUCACUUUGCACUAAUUUCAAGCAGAGAUAACACUUAGUGGCUUUUAUACUGCUUUUUUGUGGAUAAAAGGAACCCCUAAUGAAGACGUCUACCCAGUAUUUACGACAAUCAAGGACUCAUGAGGAACGAGACUGGUGAGGUUGCUGAGGACGUCUGACAUGAAGCCUUUUAAUUGGCCAGAGGCGUGCAGAUCUGAGAGACACGCGUCAGGAGAGAAAUUUAUCCUCGAGCGUGGAAAUUCCAGGCAUUCAAGGCUCAAGUUGUAGCUCGCCUGAGCUCUCAGCCAGAUUUCUUCAUAAAAUGCCACGCGGUACGAUAUCUGAUCGAGGCAUGAAGGAUACCAUGUAGUGUAUGAUGUGUGUGUUAAGACUGGAUAUGUGUUCUUUACAUCCCUCCCUGCCUCACAGCACUUAAAGCGCACACUGGUCGUAUUUCAAGUGUGCACUCCGUAUCAGAACGUGUAUGAUACAUUAUACUAUUUUGGCAGCUGUCCACCAUAGCCGUCUCGUUCUGCACAUAUCAUCUUUACAACAUAACGGUAUCCCACUGUACGCUCUCCGACACGUCUUUAGGUUUGAGUACCUGUCAGUAAAAUCUCAAAUGAAUGCUUACUGCCUUCCUCUUUUAACUUCACUAGACAGGGUCAGAGGCCAUUGUUAGAUUUCCCCACCGGCACACAUAGAGGUUUUCUGGCCUAGUCACGCUGCAUUAACCCCAGUGAGGGCUCAGAACAAAAGAGCAGCCCCCUUUAUGUCUAACAGACUUGAUCCCAAAGCUCCUUAGCUGAUAUGAGAUCAAGCUUACGGGAUAACUUGUCUUCUUAACGGCCUUAAAAGAGGCUGGGUGUGAUCUGAGGUAAGACCAGCAGCUCCCAAACCAAGUGAGUCAUCAUAUAAUGAGCAGUUAAGGAAUGCGUGAACCAGCUGGGAGCAGAAAGGACGGAUUACAACAAUGCAUCAGGACCUGUGCGCGUUCGGUAAAUGUGUCACUGAAUUUGGCUCCUCCUUUCCCCCCCUUUUCCAGUAGAGGAGGCGGUCCCGGCGGUGUGUAAGACGCGGACGGUGAUCUACGAGAUCCCCAGGAGCCAGGUGGAUCCCACGUCCGCCAACUUCCUGAUAUGGCCGCCCUGUGUGGAGGUGAAGCGCUGCACGGGCUGCUGCAACACAAGCAACAUGCGCUGUCACCCUUCCCGCAAGCACCACCGCACCGUUAAGGUAAGGAACACAAAGUCCUAACAAGGCCUGCCUGCAGACAAUCAAUCCGAGUUAUUACUUCAUUGCAAGGUGAAACACGCCAGGCAUAUCUCAUAUUCACCCCAUUUAUUCCGCAAACACACCCACUCCACCGAUUUCCGCUCCACCAGGUAAGUAAAUCACAUGCAAGGGUGGGUUAACGUGCCUUCUUUCGUGCGCCUUGCCUUCAGUACUCCCUCUUUCCUCUGUAGCCUCAUUCCCUUUCAGUUUUCUUGGCCAGCACCCAAACAGUGUCCACCUCAUCUCUGCGAGCCCCCUUCCCUCCCUCCUGCGAUUACACCCGAUCGCCACCCUCGCUCUUAAUCACUCUAUCCCAUGUCAGGCGAGGGGCCAGAGGGACUUCGCCAGGGUAGAGGGUGCAAAAAGAGGAGACUAAAGAGGGGACAAACAAGGAGGGCUGUUGGCACUUACUGCCAGGACGUCCGGGGAGGGAUGCUCCUGUUAGACAUAAUCCAGACAGACAGAAAGAGAGAGAGAGAUGGGGAAGAAUCUGUACCUUGAGAAUAUCUGAGUGUCAUCUGCUACUGCACUGCGAUCCCUCUGCUCUGCGUUUGUUUGGCUCUUAGUCUUUUUCUGGAAGCAGCGAGCCCGGAGAAGACAAGGCGACAAAGAGCGAGAGAGAAGGAUGAAGGGGGUUGCACUGUUCUUGGAGUUUCGUUGGCAUCGGUAGCUUAAAAACAUGUCCUUCUGUUCAGGAUCAGAGGAGACGCCGUGGCUGGAGCCGAGUCGUAUUUCUGCUCUAUUUACACUACCGACUGUUAGCCGGUGCACGACUCUGUUUGGAGGUAUGGGAGUUAUGUGAGACAAGCUGGGGAUAAACAGGAAAGCCUGGAACACUCUGACUGUGUUUGUGUUUCUCUUUGGGCUCGUCUAUACGCUCUGUCGUCUCUUUAAUCAUUGUGAUCUUGUCCGGCCAUGGGCGCUGUGAGAUUGCUGUCUCGACUCGUCCUCACGCAGGGUUUUAGUUAUGCCUCCUCAAUAGAGCAGAAAAGUAAUAAAACAAAUACCAACCCCACCUGUUGCUGCUUCCGUUCUCUUGGCACACUGGCACAGGGCAGGAACGUUUCAGGAUUUCUGACCUCUUUUUCGAGUUUGCAGAAGAACUGGGUUGAUUCUUACUCGAUUUCUGGUGACAGUCGGUCUGAGGAACCAACAGAGUUUCUUAAAUGUUCCAACUGAGGAUACAGGGUAUUGACUUUUUACUGAUAUCCAAUAGGCCAGUGUUUUCAGGCUCAUUUGGGCAAGUUUGAUAUCGAUACCAGAAUGUAGAUCCAGAUCUAGGCCAAGGUUUACUGGUCAAUCAGGAGCUAUUGGGAGAACCUGUGAUCUUCCCCAGUUGCUCCUCGGUUGACUUCCUUUGGUUGAUCAGUGUCACCAAUCAUUUUAUCUUUGACUCUUUUCUUCUGUGUUUUUGUUUUAGAAUUAAACAUCUUUAAGAUAAUAUAAAGGGGCUAAUUUUGUGCCAUUUUUGCACAUGAUAAAUGCACCAUUUGAUCACAUACUGAAAAUAUUGUGCAUCCGUACUUUCAACAGCAAUGACAAACUGACAUUUCAUCAACAAAAUACAAACCAUACCUUAACAAUACAACUCCUGUACAUCCAAAUGUCACAGGACAGGUGCAGCAUCACCUCCUGGAGAGUGCAAAACCCUUCCUCCUCUGGACUUACUGCCCCAUUACGACCAGCUGCGAUCGGCCUCUUUUCUGUUUACAUCUGCCUCCUCGUGAUAUCACAUGAGAUCAUACGAGAUCAUGUGAGGAGUUACACUCUGUCCCUGACACAAACAACACUCGUGUUUUGUUCCUUGUAGUGUUUGCCUAUUUUUCUACAAAUCAGUCAGGAUUUUAAACUCCUGCAAGACCGUCAUUGUGGGCCAAAGGGUUCUGCAUCCAGGGCACAGGGUUUGUAGUCAGAGAUGCUGACUCAUGGUUCUGUGAGAGAGACGAGUUCUGAUAUAAAACACAACUCGUGACUCUUUCUCUGUCUGCGUGCGAGCUUGUCUGUCUCCCGGUUGGUUGGCCAGACAGUCAGUGGACAUCACCCUCAAUAGGAGCUCUGUCUGUGAUCGCGGUGAUGGAGAGCGACGGAGAGACACUGACGGCGGCGGAAAACACUCUAUAAAGCUCGAUUCAGCCGCAAUGUCGGAGUCUGGGCGGCUGUGUCCAUGUCCCCUUCGUGACACUGAGGACAAAAUGAGCCAACAAAGUUGAGAGGGUGGGCAGGGUUUCUUAAGGGGCUGUUUUCCAUGUGGUACUAGCCUCAGGCGAGGGGGGGGAUGAGAGGCGUCGUAUCCCUAAAAAGGUCAUCCACCAGGACUCGCUCCGGUCAGGACACAUUCACCACUUUGUGUAUGAGAAACAUUGUCUGAUGCCAAGUUUUUCUUUUUUUUCCCCCCUUCUCUGUCCUCUCAGCAGUGUAUGUGAAUAGGGGUUCAGUUUGUGCUUCUCCCUCCGUUUAUUAGAAAGCUAAAAAUGUUGCCUGUCUACCCUGGGCCUGACUUGUUUUCCUUCUGCUGGCCAAGGAUGGGAAAAGAACACAUCCAAUGUGUUCCUUUCCAUCUCAUGCCAUUAUGCAUUUCUCCAAAUGCACCUUUAUUUAUUUAUUCCCCCUCUUCUGUUUCACUCCCUCUUUCCUUUUUCAUGCUACGAUCCCAAAAAAAGAGGGAACGGGUCCGCACAGGCCCCGUACUGUACAAGCCUGUGCUGUUCAGUCUUAAUAAAAAAAGCAACUUUAAAUAGGACCAGCCUGAGGGAGGAGAAGGGGCAGAUCUCAAAGUCCUUCUUGAUUCAGCCUUCCUCUUUCUUUUGCUUUGAUAUCCCACCAUCAUAGGCGUGUUAUAUCACAACUUUACUCAUGCAAAUGUCGGUUGAUGCUUGUUGUGUGUUGACGCUGUGAAUGGGACAGGUGUGAAGAUAAGAGUCUUUCAGGUUCAGAGAUUGGCAGAGCAAGAAAGAGAAACAGAAAGACAGAAAGUUAGGAAAACAAAUUUACGAGGGAGUGAAAAAAGAUUCCUCAUAAUUUUUUGUUUUCAGACUGUAUCAUGCCAACAUUCCUCCUCCAUCACUUCAAUCCUACUCCUUUAAAUGACUCCGUAUUCACUCCCUAAAUCCAACUCUUUGCUUUUACGUUUCCUUUUCCAAAAAAAAAGUGAUUCCUUCAUAUUUUUACACUCAUUCAGCUCAUGAGAUGAGACAGUAACCAACGCUGAGGUCAUGAGAACAAGACAAGGCAAUAUUCGACUUAAACUCUGCACAACUUGCAGCAGCUUCAGUAUAAUUCAGUCACAGUACCUGUGCUUGGCACUCGUGUGUAUGUCUGGUCGCUGUGUCACCGGCUACGUUUACAUGUGGUCAUUAACCCUUUCAUAACCGGAAUAGUUUAAUAGUUUAGGCCAUAAAAGAGUUACGCAGUGGGUCACGAUCAUUUCGAGAGAUGCAGAUAGGCAUCGGUUUACGGAUUUAUGCACUCUCUGACCCGUUUUCAAAAAGUAACAUUUACAGUCACUCUAAACGCCGAUACGACAACAAACUAUUGCGUUGACUCCUGAAUCAGUUUCUGUGUGGACGGGUUGAUACCGCCUUCUGACAGACUUUGCAGCGGGGAGUGGUUUGCGCUUCAUCCAAAACUGCGAAGUCGUACCAAUUCCACACGACUGACUUGCUCUCGCCCUAUUCAGCCAUGAGAUUAUCGCCUUCUUUUGCAAACGCCAUGUUUGUUUACACCGGUGUGUGCGGGAACUGGGAAGUGCUCCUGCAGGAAGGGGGAGCCUACGGUGGCCUGGAGGCGCUAGACAUGAUAGAGAGGAAAAUCAAUUUGACUAUUUUAAUUUCGGAUUAUUCGAUUAUGACAUAAUCGAAUGAUCCGAUUAUGGUUUAAAAUCUUUUAAUUGUGCAGCCCUACCGUGCAUGGCCAUUUUGAUUGGGAUACCAUGUAAACAGGAAUCACCCUGUUUUCCCACGCAUAUAAACGGGUUAUUCUGAAUGUUUCAGAAACCGGAAUAUUGACCUUAACCUGAAUAUCGACCGCAUGUAAAUGAAGCCGCUCUUGUUGUCCCAGAGUACCCAAACUGCUGCCAAACAAAAGAUUGAAAAGCGGGUUGAUUUCAACUUUAACAUGAUGGGAUUGAAAUGUUAGAGCUGGUAUGGCGCUGUCAGGAUAAAUUCUUCGAACCCCUCGUUGACUCUCCUCUCUUAUCCUCUCCUGUCUGUUUCCUCACCCUUGUCCUCUUCUCUCUCUCUCUCGUAUCUCCUCUGGUCCUCCUCCUUCCGUCUUUCUUACUCCCUCUCUCUGUCUGCUGUUGGCUGCAGCCGCGUCCAGCAUUUCUGAUGGUUUUCUCAGCGUUUUGGCUCCGAGGCCCGCUAGAAAAAUUCACCCAUAAAACAAGCGCUGUUUUUUGACUGCAGGACUGGGGGAGACUUAUGCAAGGUGUGUGUGGGAUAUGGAUCCGCGAUCUUUUGUGCGCACGAUUCUUUGUUCAUAUUUGAGUUGGAGUCACUGCAUUUGAAUCUCUGUUUGCUCUCCCUAUGAGGCCGAUAAAACAGCUCAUAACACACAGAAAUAAUAGAGCCGUCACUCAUCCUCUCACUCAUUAACUCUGAAAGCACAUUUUAUCUGUGAGUUCUCAUUUUCUGACCCAAAUAAACAGAUAAAGACGGGUCAUAUUUGUGCACGGAUUUGAGGUGCAUGCUUUUCCUGCAGCAGAUAACUACGACUGGCUCUUUAGUUGUGUUUAAGACAGGCUCAAAAAGUACUUUGCAGCUUGGAAAGUGAAAAGAAAAAUAUGAAGAAAGCACAAAUGAGCUGCUAAUUAUACCCUGGAGUCCCACAAAGUAGGCAAAAAUGGUUAAAUUGCCGUAUUUGUGUGGUUCACUUUUUAAUUCAGUCAAAUUAACUGUAAAUAGAAGCAAAAAGUGAUUUAAUUCUCAUCAUGUGCCGCGUGGGUUUAGUCAAAUGACUACAGCACAAGUUUCCAACAAUAAAGUUCAGUUUCUCUCAUGUUUUGAGUUAGUAGCUGGAAACUUUUUGAUGGUCCUUGAAGAAAUGAUCAAGCAUUUCUCAGAGGUCAGGGAGGGUCGGCGGCGCACAUCUGUGUAAACCAAAGAAAGAGAUUGUUUUCGCGUGCGUGUGUGCGCGCUUUAUGCUAGGCUACGUAAACUCCCCCACCGCAGCACAGCGCAGGGACAAGGCCGUUUGUGUGAAGCGGCAGCAAGAGGAAGACGGGCCGCAGAGUAAUGAAGUGUUGAUGGCUGCUGGAUCAAAGUGGAGGCUGACAGAGGCCAGGCGGAUAUAGCCACGGUGCUGAGUGUGGGGGUCCACACAUCUCCCUGCACUGGCCCCGACCCCAUCACAAACACACACACACAUGCAAGCGGACUGACAGUUACCUUGGCGACGUGGGGUCAGAUCCGGGUGUUGGGGGAAGCGGUAGCUGUAGCCCUGCGGUUGUGUGGGACCCUGACUUACGGGGUGUUUCAUAAAUAAAAGACAGUGUGACGGUGAUACAGUGAGCGUGAUUUAUGAUCGUCUGAGGGGUCCCGUGGAUUACGUGAAGAGGGGGGGUAGAUGGGAAUGAGGGGCCUCCCUGUUUGAAGUCCCUCUGCAGCUGUGAAUUAUUUUCCCUUUGAUUCACGCAGCUCUUCCACUCGAUGAAGAAGGGUGAAGGAGUUUGUGUGUGUGUAUAAAUGUGUGUGCGGUGUGCGCGGCGGGGGUUGAGGGGCGGGUCAGAGACCAUGGGAGCGUCCCAACCAAGCCAGAAGUCGGAGAGUUUGGCUACCGCCACGCCGGCUGGAAUGCAUCAGUCUGAACAGGAAGAGUAGCAGGAGGCGUAUUUUAAUCAUAUUUUACUUCAUUUCUGUAUUUUCCUUCACUCCUCCUCUCCUGUCCUCCCUUACGGUCUUCCCCUCUGACUUCAUCCUCCCCCUCCACCUCCACUUCUCUCCGCUGCGCGGUCUUUGGAGUCUGAUUGUCUGUUAUGUGAAAUAGUUGUUCACUCCCUCCUCACCCUUUCUGUCUCUCUCCUGCAGCGGAGCUAUCUCCCACUCUUUAAUUUUGCUCCUCUGUCAGUCUUUUUUUACUCUCUCAUUAAAGUCUUAUUUACUCUCCUCUCUUUUUAAGUGCUCAGUAAUGUCUUUCUCAUCUGCACUUCUGCGCUAUGUCUGUGAAGACCGGGGAGUUGGGAAUGAAAUAAAUGCAAGAAUCGCACACGUCUAAAGACUCUCUGAUAUUUGAUGUUUCAGCAGGAGCGGGGUGGUGCGGCACAUGAUGGGGUCACGGGGAGGCGCACACGUCCAUCUGGAGAUAUAUCAGUGAGUGGGAGAGAUGAGGAGAGAUUGGGGUGCCAUGAAAAGACUUUUUGGCGUUACAGAGUUGUGAGCGGCGUGAUAAAUGCACGCAUGCAUGUGUGUGUGUGAAGCAGCAGGUUGUGUUAUACUGCGUUCCAGUUACCUCGAAAGUUGGAUGUCAGAGCUGGGAAUGACGUUGCACCCAUGUUGACGGCGCUCCAGUAAAUAAGUCGGAAAACCAAGAUGGAUGCCUACAGUUAGCCGUUGUCAGUUGUUGUUAGCGGUUGUUAGCUAUACCAGUUGUAAACAACGCAUAACGCAGUAUUUUACUCUUACAAACACAAUAGCACCAUGUAUACAGUUACGGGCAAAACCCGCAAGCAUUAUAAUCAAUAUGUGUCAUUCCACAGAAUCCGGCUGGCAUCCGGAUGCGGUCAAAUCAGAUAGGCAAAGCUUCUAUUUUUGCCGGAUGCCAGAGAACUAGCAGCAGCAGAAGUUGUAUGCGGUUACAGAGUAAAAUAUCUGUUUAAUUUUUGAAAUGAAAUAAAGUCAAUACAUUGAACUGUUCCUAACUUAAUAAGAGGAGAGGCCAGGGUUGUGGGAUGUGGGUGUUUAUAUACACCGAUCGGCGGAUCUCAUUCUAUGACUCCCUGGGAAACACACGUGAGAGCUUGUGCGAUCUCGUCCAGUCUCGUGAGAAUGAUCGUGAUCUCGUGAGCGCUUCUCCUCCGAUGGCAGUGGCCAGUCAAAAAUCCGACCUCAAAGGUGCGUUCCAGAUGAAUUUCCGACGUCCAAGUACAACUGGAAUGCAGCAUAAGUUCAGGCAGAGCUGAUCUGACCUCUAGCACACAUCAGCGUCCAACCUGCCUCCACCCCAGCUCACUUUUGUUACGGUGAACCUGGGAGUCCUUGCUGAUGCUCUCCCCGCCUCAGGCCUUGGCGUUCCACGUGCGCACGUGUUAAUAACUUAUAAAUCAUUUCUUUUUGAUGAGCGUAGUCCUGGCUGAACCCUCACUUCUGUUUUCUUUGGACGGCUGUGGAAAAACUUUCCCCUCCAUCAUGCGCUCAACGGCGCUUUAUGCUCGGGGAAUUUCCAAUUAGUCCACGCGGGACAAUCAGCUUCACACGGAGGGCAGCGUAGACACCAAGGACUAACCCUGAGGGGGGGCACACUUCCCAGAACCCCCUGUCUCACCCCAGCCCUCUGGAUCGGAUAUCAUUCCAAAGCCCCUCACGGGAUUCGUUCUCAGGGUCCCUGCUCUCUAUUGAGUUUAGAGUGGUUUGAUUUAUACAAAGAGAGUGUGGGGCCCCUUGUCGUAGCAUGGGGGUCUCUUUCUGAUGUAUGUUUUAUGUGGGAAGUCACUGACUCCACCAAGGAUCGGGAGGACAGAAGUGAAAAAGUGGCUAAAAAUGGAAGACCAGGAGGGGGGAGUAAAAAUGUAAAAAUAGCUUUGGUGUCGAGCUUUUCCCAUAACAAAAGAAACAGGAAACAGGAGAGCGCUUACAACAUACAACACACUGACACACGCAUUCGAAAGUGGAAGUGUGUUGAGGUAACGCCACUGAGGAAGGAGCGUUUCUAACCCCGAUGAGUGAGGGGCCAAGGAGACAAGCUCGCCACUGGGCCUCUCAUCCGUGGGGCCGUCACUUUCUCCCUCUGUCAAUAGCUGUUUGUUUGGGGUUUCUGUGUAUGUCUUUAAACUCCCAGCAGGACCCCCCCACACGCUCAGUGAGUCCCCAUUACAGUUGGCAGUGGAGUCGUCCACACAGACAGCUGCUUCCUUCCUUCCUCACGCCUGAUGAUUUGAUCAAACAUUAGCCGUGGUUUACUCACUUCUCUGUUAGUGUUGGUCACCCAGAAACUGACAUUAAUAGGUAACACAUGAAUGUCAUCUUAUUCAAGUCAUGAUCAUGGUCAGUCUUACCUCCUCUGUCUGUUUGCACACACACCCUACUGACCGCAAUGGUCCGUGGUCUUGUUUCAGUCCCUUUCACCCUCUCUCUCUUUCUGUUCGGGCUGAUAACACCAAAUGCACCACUGCUAACCCAGACACCAUUGUCCCGUGUUUGCUCACUGCAUACCUCCUCUGCUUGCUUACCCUCUUUUCAGUCCCUCUCUUCUUUCCCUUCAUGGAAAGGAACAGUUUCAAAGGAGCGACUGGUGAAACCGCCGGUCCCCGAUCUCGGUGUUAGCCUCCCCAGACGACCCUCCAGCUAUUGUUACAGCUCUGACAUGAGGCAGCUCUGGCUGUGUGAAUGUCAACAUAACACUUUGUUUUAUCAGACAGGGAUUGGUAUGUUCGUUUGUCUGCAUGACUAAUUCACCGCCAAGAGCCAGCCUUGGCGGCGCGCCAUCGCAGGAUAGAGAGAGAAAACCCAUCAGGAGUUCGGGCCGUCUGUCUGUGCAUGUGUGAGCGGCGUGCCGACUGCAAAAGUGUGUUGUUCAUAACACGGGGAGAUUGUCAGCCAAUAUCCUCUCUCGUGCGGUGACCAAGAGGAUAGGUGAAGCUGAGGGAUAUUGUUUCCAUGCGGGCCCCAGGCCCUCAGUGGUGAGCAUGGAGGUUACCUGCCCUUGGCACUCAGAUCAGAGAGGGAUGAAGCCACCUCCCCUGAGUUACACAACAAGAUCAUCAUAACCUCCACGCAACCUUCUCUAUUCAGCUUUCAUCUAAGCUUUAAUCAACAUAGCCUAUUCAUAACCCUCCAAGGAUCGGUCCUUUUCAUUAUGAGCGUUUGAGUGGGAAGUGGAGGUCAGCCCUGUUGUGUUAAACGGAGAGGGUGUUAGCCGGACUCAAGGAGAGGAAUUCCUGCGUUGCUUUUGUGCUUUCUCGACUGUAAUGGCCGCUUUCUGGGGUUUUACUGCUUAUAUUAGACCAUGUAAACUGUGUUUCUGAGCAUGCACUUUCCCUAACCGUGAAGAAGAAGAAUCAACGCGGUUUAAAAGCAGCCUACAAGUCAGAACAAGGCGGAGGAGUUUAGGUGUGUGUCUGUCUGGAUGUGGGUGCUCCAGGCCUGGAGCAAAGAGGAGGGAUCUCCCAGCCUCUUUUCCCCUGCCAGGGUAAACCUUCCCUGGGCGUAAAGGCAUGUCCGCACCCCUUACCCUUCAUCUUUCCCGACUCUUAUUGUUCGAGCUCGCUUGGAGAGGGUCGUACACUCCAUUCAGUAUUUACACACCCGAUCGACAACACAUAACGCACCCAGCGCGUGGGUCUCAAUGCAGCAGCUUGCGAGGAAUGCUGCCGUCACACUUCAAACACAGCGAGGCGAAGCUCUUUUUUUAUGAAUCAGUAUAUGAAAGAGUCAUCAGUCACAGCGCUACGCCUCUUGAUGUUAGCGUCGGGCGCACACAUGGAAGAGUAAUGGCGUUGUCGGAGUUGGCUCUGCGGAUGACCUUUUCUCCUUUCCUCUCUGCAGGUAGCGAAGGUGGAGUACGUAAGGAGAAGACCCAAGCUGAAAGAGGUCUUUGUGCGAUUAGAAGACCACCUGGAGUGCGUGUGUACGUCACAACAUCACGUGGUGGAGCAUUCAGACGCAGAACCAGGUAAAUGUUACCGCACAGGUAUAAUAAAUCAUCAACCAGAAUCCUGGCAAUGCCUGGUGGCCUUCAAUCCUCACAUCACGCCCCAGAUCUUUCCUGUUGCUUCCUAACUUCCUCGUGCCCGUUAAAGGAACAGCAUUCAUAUGUGGGUCAUCUACCUGGGAAGCUCAAAUGCUGUUAAAAUAAACCUAAUAACUCGUUAGCAUACAUUUUUUUUAGCAGUACAGAAGUCGGCUAUCAGCAUUUGAGCUUGUCACCCUCUCUGUCUCUCUGUCUGUCCGUCUGUCUGUGUGUCCCUUUGGCUCUGCACUGAAUGACCUUUUUUUCCAUGAUUGCUCCCAAACAGACAGACACACCUGUGAGGUGGCCUGCUAUUGCAAAACUGUAAAGCUUGUGUGUGUGUGUGUGUGAAAGUGUACGUGUACAAGUCUGUGUGUUAAGGGAGGGUGUCCAAAGGCUGCUUGGCAUGACAGCAGGUAAAACUUCCAGCGCCUUGAUCCGGAGCUUUUCUCUCUCUCUCUCUCUCUCUGCGAGCAGAUAAGCGCCGUGAUGUGUGCUGAUAAGGCAUCUGAAGUAUUUAUAGUGUGUCGUAUCUUUGCACUCUGCUUCUGUCCCAGGGCUGUUGUGCUUCUUUCUGUGCCAUAAAAAAAAAUCCCUGUUUCUUGCUUUUUAACCCUCCUUCCUAUCCACCCUCCCUGACUUUGUGUUUUCAGGCCACCGUAGGGCUAAAGGUAAAAAAAGGAAACCUAAAAAGCUAAGACCCAGCAAGGAUUUAUUGGCAACAUAAUAAAGUUGCGCUCAGUACCCAAAGUCCACUGGAGAGCUGUGAAGGGAACAGGUAGGACUUUAGCACCACCGCAGCGUCCUCUCACCUUUUGGCACUGCACCGUCCGCCCAAUCAGGGCACAAACAGGGCCUGUCAAUCACUGUCACCAAUCACCUCACAGCCAAUCAGAGUGCGAGGAGGGAGGGCCAAGGAGUACUACGCCUUCAGUCAAUGCUGCAUGCUGAUUUUGUAGCCUGCUAAGCAUGCUCACUUCAUACGUCUGCUUUGUGUCACCGUGUUGUGUUUGUUGUGUCCUCCAGAAAGACAGGGUCCACGACUUGUUUCUGCUUGUUUCACUGCAUCGUUUCGUCACCACCAACAUUUAUCCUCUUUAUGUUUGCGUGAGAGUAAAAGAGAGAGAGGUUUCUGAACAAAAUAAUGAAAUUGGUGCACCUCUCCUUGACCUUUCACCCAAACAAAAAUGAGACACAAAUUUGACCGUCUUCAGAGGAACGUAAUCGAAACAUUGUGGGUCUUGUGUGUGGUGCAUGAGGAUUUUUCUUUUCGUGAUGAAAUUCGUCAAACUUUUAGACUAAUCUGUUUCGUCUCUCUCUCUCCCGCAGUGGACGUGAGGUGAGACCAAUCAGAACUCCAGCGUGGGAGGGACGCCGCCAACAGGAGACCUGCUCUGUCCUCUCCCCCACUGCCAUGCAACCUUCGUUUUUAACAAACACGAACUUUUCUGAGAGAUGACAGACACAAAAGAGACAAAAAAAAAUACGAAUAAAUAAGAUGCCAAAGGUGCUUUUUCUAAAAAACGGUAAUCAGUGAUGAUGACCUCCUCUGAUGGACGCCACCUCUCUGGACAAGUGACUCCUGCCUUUGAGGGAGAAGAAGAAAAGUGGCGUAGAGCUCGGCAGGGCAGAAAGAGGCUGGAGGGCGACGGUGAAAGGGAAACGCGAUGAACAUUUUGAUGGACUUUAUUUGAAGAUGACAGAAAUGGCGGCAAAACAGAGAGGAACGGGUUUUCACAGGAAUCUGGUCCCGGCAGAGGAUGAGCCGCGACACGAGGACACGAAGCAGCCCUGCCCUGCUUAGAUGACUCUUUCAUCCACAGACGGCAGAAAAAGAAAGACUGCGAGUGACAAUUUGAGGUGUUUUCCAUAAAUGACUGGAUGGAGUAUGAACCGGUUUUGAGUUUUGGGGAUUUGCGCUCUCAGUCAAGAGGAAAUCCUCCGCGAUCAUGUGACUCUGCCCUAUUUGUUAUGUACAGUUCAAUUUGAGAAGGAGGACACGCCGCUACUUACAAACUAUUUAUAUGUGUGGACGUUUUGCUUCCUGUACGAAAAAGAAAGGAAGAAGAUGAAAAAGAUGUUUUAAUGAUUUUGGAGACAUGAAAGAUUUCUGUGUGGUCAGGUUCAGCUCUUUGUAACCCUCACGAUCUCAAAGUCAUUUUUUUUAGUCUAUGUUAUUCUUGUCAUCCAUGUUUCUUAUUAUAUUACAGUAUAUUUGAAUGAUGUCAAGUCUUGUAUAUGGUUUGGAUAUGUGUGCAAGGACAAGAUGUGAGAGUCAGUACAGGAAGAUGCUUUAUUUUUGUUAUGAAAUAUAUCAAGCUUACUUAUAUCCAA